GAAGAGGCGCGACAAUGCUGUUCCAGAUUGCUCCCACCCAAAAGCUUGCUUAUGGAUUUGUAUCCGGCGUUUUCGGAUGUGCUGCCACUGGAAACACUGAUGAGGACAUGGGUGCUGUUACUAUCUGCCCUGAUGCUCCGAUGACCAACAACGGACCAAGGAUUGACUGGCUUGCUCCUCAGUUUCAGGGUGAUAGCGGAGCUUAUGCUGCACCGGUUGCAAUCCUGUAAAUUCUUUAACCCUUACGGCUUCCAACUU